UUGUAUUGGCGACAUGAUCCGGUGCUGUACUUAUAAACACUUGAAAGCAGGAAGGCCAUCGCAGUUCAACUACAUUAUGUUAUCGAUAGGCUGUUUUAAUAAUCUGGUAUAAUAUACAAUAUACAUUUUCUUCCUCAUUCUCCAAGGCUUUCGCUAACUGUUUUUGUGACACUGAAGACAGAUCAUAAUAUUACCAUGUUACGGUCAGUGAUAGGCCUACUUUUUCUGUCAGUGUACACUAUCCGUGCCACAGAAGUUUCCCGUUUUGGCGAUAUGUUUGGUCAAUUAUACUCGCCCGACUAUCCAGCCACCUAUGCUAAUAACCUCAACAAAUUAUGGAAUAUUACAGUGCCUCGUGGGUUCAAAGUUGAACUAUUUUUCCAAGAUUUUGAUCUCGAAUUCUCUAAAGAUUGCGAAUAUGACUACGUUAAGGUAUCUACCGAUGAAGCAGUGCUUGGACAGUUUUGUGGUGGCAGCAAAAUUGGAGUUGACAGUACACCUGGUGACGUAAAAUUUACAUCAACUGGCAACCAAAUGGCAGUAGUCUUUCACUCCGAUUACUCGAACGAACACAAUUUCUAUGGUUUCUCUGCACACUACCGUGCAAAUGACAUCAAUGAAUGUGAUACAGAAAAUGGCGGAUGUGAUCAUUAUUGUCACAACUACCUCGGAGGAUUUUACUGUUCUUGUCGUCUAGGAUACGAGUUGCAUGCUGACCGUUUGUCGUGUACAGUGGAGUGUGCAGGGAACAUGCUGUAUGCCAGAGAGGGUGUAAUAUCUUCGCCCGAUUAUCCACUACAAUAUCCUAGGCAGUUGCAAUGCGAUUGGACAAUCAGCGUGGAAGCAGGUUACGUCAUUAAUCUAAAUUUCACAGACUUCGAUGUAGAAGAACACCCUGACGUCAUAUGUCCAUACGACUAUUUGAAAAUUGAGAGUGACGGAAAUAUUGACGGUCCCCUCUGUGGAACCGAAAAGCCACGUGACAUUACUACUAGAGGCCACGUUGCAAAGAUCUCCUUCCACUCCGACGGUCUCAGAGGAGGACGUGGUUUUGAAGUUGUAUACACUACCACAGCCAAACCAUGUGUUGAAAUAUCAGCGCCUCUUUACGGUUCGAUGAUCGGAGAUGAAUUUACCUUUAAGGCAACAGUUAUCUUUGAGUGUCAAGAUGGUUACAUCUUAAAGGGCUCCGAGUCCAGGUCUUGUAAAGCUGAUGGAAGCUGGACAGGAGUGACAACCUCGUGUCAAAUUGUAGAAUGCGAUCAACCGCCUUCAAUACCACACGGCUCAUGGAGGAGUCUUAGUAAUAACUUCACUUUUACAAACAGUGUGGAAUAUGAAUGUGAUGAGUUUUAUGAUUUAUCAUUGGAGUCGGAUAGCGUCAGGAUCUGCACAUCAAAUGGCGUAUGGUCUCCUGAUCAGCCUGUCUGUGAACAAAUUUGUGGCGAGGCAUCCGUUUCUCCACAUACCCGACCAUCGGAAGUCGGAGGGCGUAUUGUAGGUGGCAGACGUGCGGUACCUGGAUCUUGGCCUUGGCAAGCCUUACUUAAAAUCACACGGUCGAAGUUUUCAGUGAGCAAAUCCAUGUGUGGCGGAGUGUUAAUAAAUGAGCAGUGGGUCAUUACGGCAGCACAUUGUUUGAAUGAUACGGCACAAGAGCGGGGUCGUGCCAUCUUACCAAUAACUUCACUACAGAUAUUUCUCGGUACGAACGAUAUCACUGCAGAUGACUCAUUUGAGGUUUAUCCAGAAAAGAUUAUAGCCCAUCCGGAUUUUGAUAUAAUCGCUUUUGAUGCUGAUAUCGCCUUAGUGAAGCUGAACCAGUCUGUGCAGUUCUCUCCUAUGGUACGCCCUGUGUGUCUCCCAGAACAGAGUACGAAUGUCAGUAAUGAUAAUAACGAUAAUAUUGAUCACGGCGACCUACCAUCAAGAAAAGGUGUUGUUAUUGGCUGGGGCAAACAGGCGAGUGACCGUGGUACCUCGAAUUACUUGCGAGAGGUAUACGUUCCACUGGUGUCAAGACAAAAAUGUCGUAGUGUAUACAGGCCGCUUGAAUAUCCGAUCACCGAAAACAUGGUAUGCGCGGGGGAAAGACGAGGGGGAAAAGACGCAUGCGAAGGUGACAGCGGUGGACCAUUUAUGUUCAGAAAUUACGACUUGGCCUAUUUUGCAUAUGGACUAGUGUCGUGGGGAAACGGUUGCGGCAAGGAAGGAUACUACGGUGUGUACACACGGGUGGACAAAUAUGUCAAUUGGAUAAGAAACGUUACGGCAACAGGCUAGAAACGACGCACGGAAACUCCAGAAACAAUGCGCUUACAGUUUAAUAAUGUGUUGAAAUUACAAACUGAUUGACAAAUAAAGUUGGUUGUUUCCUCCAAAGAAGAGGCAAAAAAAAAGAAAGAAAGAAACCCAUAAAUAUAACCCAAAAGAAAAAAAAAACGCGCUUACAGGUUAGAAGCAAUACGGUCCAGGAGCAUUCAGCUUAAAAGAUUUCAGCCAAGAACUGCUAACAGCAAACUAGAAACAUUAGUGCAAUAGGUUAGAAUCGUUAAUUCAGCGUAUGUCAAAAAUAUGACCUCUUUUUUCAUACAACCAUAAUAAAGAACUUUCGUUGAUAAAUUAGUUUUAAUGGGAUAUAUAACAUAAUUUUCCUAUAUUUGAGCACUGAUUAUCUAUUUGAUAUAAUGUAAAAAUACAGCUUUGAGUUGUAGACUUAAUAUGAAGAAAAAAGUAUUUAAUAAAUCACAAACGUUUCAAAACAGGACCUGUGGAGGAUAACUGACAAGAAGUACAUGGUAAAGAAAAUAUUAAAGAAAUGUUAUUUAAAUAACAAGAGAAACUGAUUAAAUGCAAUAUAUAAAAAUAAUUAA